AGUUUGUUUAUUCUUAGCAGGUGAGCUUGUUCGGGGUCGAGCAAAUCGUAGAUAUAAAAGACCUCCUUCCCGUUGAGAUAUUCGGCUUGACAGAACAAUCAUCCUCUCCAUUCAUUCUCUUGUCUAUCAUUCCAUCGCUCUCGCUAUACCAUCAUGGUUCAUCUCGCUUCCACCCUUGUUGCUGGCCUGGUUGGUCUGGCUAGCAUUGCCUCCGCUCAUCCCGGCCAUGACCAUAAGGCGGAGGCUGCGCAUCGUGCGGCCUUCCUGAAGCGCGCUCCCGUCCACUCUCGCAGCCUGGACCAGUGUGCCGACAAGCUCCGCGCCCGGGGCCAGGAGAAGAAGAACGUUGCUCGCCGUGACCGCAUGGUUCAGAACAUUCGUGCCAAGAAGGGCGUGCAAGCUCGUGCUCCACUCCUUAAGGCUCGUGACCUCGACACUGUCCUUAACACCACCCACCACUCUUCGCUGGACGUCAACCUCUCCACCGACCCCGAGGUUCUCUUCGCCUCGAACGCCACUUGCAUCCUCGGCCCCGAUGUGACCCAGGGUCCUUACUAUGUCACCGGCGAGAUGAUCCGCAGCGACCUCACCGAGGACCAGGAGGGUGUCCCUCUCUACAUGGACAUCCAGAUGAUUGACACCAGCACCUGCGAGCCCGUUCCCGAGGUCUACGUUGACUUCUGGCACUGCAACGCCACCGGUGUCUACUCUGGUAUCUCCGCCAGCGGCAACGGCGACUCCUCCGACACCUCCAACCUGGACACCACCUGGCUGCGCGGUCUGCAGAAAACCGACAAGGAUGGUAUCCUGCAGUUCCAAACCAUCUUCCCCGGUCACUACACCAGCCGUGCCACCCACAUCCACAUCCUGUCCCACCCCGCCAACGAGACCACCGUCAACCACAACAACAACACCAUCAGCGGCCUCUACACCUCGUCGUCCUCCUACGUCGGCCAGCUCUUCUUCGACCAGGACCUGAUCUCCAAGGUCGAGGAGACCGCCCCCUACAACACCAACACCCAGGAGCUGACCACCAACGCCGAGGACAGCAUCCUGUCCGAGGAGGCCGACACCAUCGACCCCUUCGUCGAGUACGUCUUCCUGGGCGACGACGUCUCCGACGGUAUCUUCUCCUGGAUCUCCAUCGGCUUCGACCCCUCUGCCAGCACCGACGUCACUCCCGCCGCCUACCUGACCGAGGAGGGUGGUAUUGAGAACGAGAACUCCGGCGGCAUGGGCGGUGGCGGCGGUGAGCCCCCCAGCGGCUCCGGUGCCCCUCCUUCGGCUUCCAGCUCUGCUUAAGUCUGAGACUUGAGUCAGAUUUGGUCGGGUAAAAUGUAUAGUAUAUUUGUUGGAUUCUGAGGGGAUGGGUUGUAGUUUAGCGAUCGGGUGUUCGAUUGCUUGUCAUUCGUUUGAAUUACUUACUGG